AUGGCCUUUGGGGGAGGCCUGAGUGUCCUCACCCUGACACAGGGGACACCUUCGUGGCAACAUGGAGGACCAGCAGCUUUCCUCAUCACCACCCCCUAUUCGCUCUGCAUCUGCCCUGAGGGCCAGAAUGUCACCCUGACCUGCCGGGUCAGUGGUCCCCUUGCUGACCACCACGACCUGCUCUACAAAACCUGGUACUUCAGCAGCAGUGGUGACCAGAGCUGCUCCGACAAGAAGCACAUCCGCAACGUCACCGAGAAGGAGCUGCACCACGACCUGGGCAGGCAUCAUGAGCUGCUGGGCAACAGCACCCAAAAAUCCCCCUCUGGGGGCCAUCACGGGGUGGAAUUUGUUCCCGACCGCCACGGUGCCUUUCAUGUCGUGGUGAUGAACCUGACACUGCAGGACAGUGGGAAUUACUGCUGCUAUGCCGUGGAGGCCAAGCGGGAACACGGGAAGCCCCACGCCCUGCAGGUUGCCCAUGGCUUUGUGGAGCUGCAGAUCCAGCAAGGCAGAGGAGGGCUUAAAAACUGCACGUUUCACACUGCCACCAGCAAAGGAGGACCAGCAGCUUUCCUCAUCACCACCCCCUAUUCGCUCUGCAUCUGCCCUGAGGGCCAGAAUGUCACCCUGACCUGCCGGGUCAGUGGUCCCCUUGCUGACCACCACGACCUGCUCUACAAAACCUGGUACUUCAGCAGCAGUGGUGACCAGAGCUGCUCCGACAAGAAGCACAUCCGCAACGUCACCGAGAAGGAGCUGCACCACGACCUGGGCAGGCAUCAUGAGCUGCUGGGCAACAGCACCCAAAAAUCCCCCUCUGGGGGCCAUCACGGGGUGGAAUUUGUUCCCGACCGCCACGGUGCCUUUCAUGUCGUGGUGAUGAACCUGACACUGCAGGACAGUGGGAAUUACUGCUGCUAUGCUGUGGAGGCCAAGCGGGAACACGGGAAGCCCCACGCCCUGCAGGUUGCCCAUGGCUUUGUGGAGCUGCAGAUCCAGCAAGGCAGAGGAGGGCUUAAAAACUGCACGUUUCACACUGCCACCAGCAAAGAUAUCACAGCUGCCGCGCUGGCCACGGGCGCCUGCAUCGUGGGCAUCCUCUGCCUGCCCCUCAUCCUGCUCGUCAUCUACAAGCAGAGACAAGCUGUCAGCAACAGACGUGCCCAUGAGCUCGUCAGGAUGGACAGCAGUGCCCAGGGCAUUGAAAACCCUGUCUUUGAGGCAGUCCCCUCGGAGCCACGACCACGACCCCAGCUCACCUACAUGGCCAGCAGGCAGCCCUCCGAGUCCGGCCGGCACCUGCUCUCUGAGCCCAGCACCCCCCUGUCCCCCCCAGGCCCUGGGGACUGCUUCUUCCCAACACUGGAUCCUGUUCCCGACUCACCAAAUUCCUUGAAAGAGUGA